AUGUAUCUAUUUGUAGGUCGGGAUGAUUGCCCAUAUUAUGCUAGGGCAGAACUUCUUGGUGAUAGAUUAGUCAAAAAUUUGCCAGAUUUCAAAAUUCAUAAAAUUGUAAAAACAGAGUCAGAAUGGGAGGAUUGGAUGACAAUCACCUGUUCCGAAAGAGGAUGGGAAACAAGAAAAUCACCAUUGGUAUGGAGGGAACUAUUAGACAGAGGUGGAAAGGGAGUUUUAAUUGGUGGUGCUAAUGAAUUCCAAGAAUAUGUCAAAGGUUACUACAGUAUCAGCUCAGAUUUGACAAGUGACGAUAUGCGUAAAAUUAGCCAAGAAAAUAAGAAAAUGAAAGCAGAAUUAGAUAAAGAAGAAGCUGAAUUUAAAGCCCAGAGUAAACCACUUCAUGUCUGUAUAUCAAAUGCUAGCAGUCCUAUCGCUUAUCAUCUGAUAAAUUCCUUAGCAUCUGGUGAAACAUUUGGUCCCUCAACAGAAAUAACCCUCAGAUUAUAUGAUGAAAAUCUUGAACACUCAGAGUUAUUGAGUGGUUUAAAGAUGGAGGCUGAAGAUCUGUGUCAUGAUUUAUUGAGAGGGGUUACUGUUACAUCUGAUCCUUCAGAAGCUUUUACCAACUGUAGCGCUAUCAUACUUAUUGACAAUCUUUAUCAACAAACUGAUGAAUCUCGGCAAGAUUGGUUGAAGAGAAAUGCUGAACAUUAUACAAACUAUGCUAAAAUCAUCAACCAAGUAGCAAAGAAAAAUGUGAAAAUUUUGAUAGCUGGAAAUGGUCCAAUUAACCUGUGUGCAACAAUGAUGAUAAGGCAUGCUCCAAAUGUUCCUCGCCAAAAUAUUACUGCCAUGUCAAGAAUGAUUGAAAAUUAUUCUAAAUCUGUGAUAGGUGGCAAGUUGAACUUGAACACAUCAAAUGUUUUGGAUCUCAUUAUUUGGGGGAACAUUAACAGCAAGAAAUAUAUUGAUUUAAGUCAAUGUAAAGUUAGGAACUAUGAUGGAGCAAUCUGGGGUCCACCAUCAUUUACUCUGCCUGCUGUAGAAAUGUUGCACGAUAAUAAAUGGAUUGAGGGUGAAUAUUUGGAGAUUGUUCAACAGAGAAAAACAAAAGUUAGAGAAGCUUUAAAUCAUUCUGCAUCUGUGUCUUUCUCAUCAGCAAUAAUAACAAUGCUUCAACAUUGGUGGAAUGGUACUCCAAAAGGACAAUUAUUUUCUUUGGCAGUUUGUUCUGAAGGUUGGUAUGAUGUACCUGAAGGAUUAGUUUUCUCCUUUCCAAUAACAAUGCAUCCUAAAGGUUAUUGGAAUGUUGUUCAAGACAUUGAAGUACCUACUGAUGUUAAAGCUAUACUGUUAGAAAUUGUUUCGGUAAGCUUUGUUUUGUUUGGCAUUAUGAAUUUGUCAUGUAAUAACUACACCUACCUUCAUUUAUCUUUGAGCUCUGUCUCAACUCUGGAUGUCUGCCAUUGGCUGUUCAUAGACCUAUUCUUCAGAAUUACAGUUUUGAUUAAUAUUUUAUGA